AUGGAAACUUCAAAUCCUAGAACCAGGUCAGACCUUCCUCCCGAUUUGGUCAAAUGUAUCUUCAACCGAGUAAGCUUUACUGAUUUCCACCGUGCAAGGAUCGUGUCUACGAAUUGGUACUGGAGUUUGAAGCUAACAGUUCCCCGGAAAAUCACAUCUCCAUGGCUGAUACUAUUCCCAGAAGGAGAAAACGACGAAGAUGGUAACCGUGUGAAACUUUUCAAUCAUGAAGAAGAAGACAGGAUCUACAAGUCGAAGAGAGAUUUUCGAAAUAGUUGUAGCUCGUACGAGAAGACGAAAGAGUUUGUUGUUGUGUGGUUCGUUGAUCCAUCUGUCAAUUGUCUUUGCUUUUGCAAGAAAGGGGAUGAUCGUUUUGCUUACAUUUUGUUGCUUUCUCGAGUCUCUAUGUAUGACCAACAAAUAUAUGAUGUGGUGCUCCGAGGUCAUAGUCUCUAUAUCUUAACCAAUCAUGAUUACAUUCGGUUCAUUGAUUUUUCUGGUCCACGAGGAGAGCUUUUAUUAGUCGAGAAUAUCCUUGACCAGAGAAGACAAAGGAGCUUCCAUGUCUUCAAGAAGGAUCAUGAUCCUGAAAUGAAUCAGCGUUACAUUGAGGUGAUCUCUCUAGGUGAGGAGGCCUUGCUUCUUAGAAUGCAUACAACAGUGCCUGGUCUCGAACCCAACUCCAUCUAUUUCACCAGUCAUGACUCCGCCUGUCACCGUUUCCGUAUGAAGACUUUACACAUUGACAUAUGUGUGUUCAACCUUCCAACCAAGACCCUCAAGCGCUGCUCCACGCUCUCCAACAUGAAGCUCAAGGAUGCUCUAUGGUUUCUCCCUAGGACUUGA